CUGAGUCACGUGAGCACCUCGCUUGUCGUGAACGGCGCGAAAAUUUUCGAACUUCAACCAACUUUUCCUUCUGUCAUCAUCAGGCCAAGAAAGCCAUCGCGAUGAAAAAUGGCAGACUGCCCUACUCAGACACCAAUCCUUGACCCGAUCGAGGCAAAUGACGGGCCCUCUGAAGCUCGUGACUCCACAUCCGGUCCCGAAUCGCAAGCAGAAGCUUCAUCAAGUUCCUCAGCACCCACAAACAAAUGCGCAAGCUGCAGCGCUCCUGAAAUAGAUCCAGAGAAGCCGCUGAAGCCCUGUGCAAAGUGCCAGACAGUUCGGUACUGCUCUCGCGACUGCCAGAAGAAGGAUUGGAAGCUGCACAAGAAGAUUUGCGCCUCGGCUGCACAAAUUUAUGCGCAGAACGCGAAUUUGAAACCGGCUGCGCCGAGGGCGCCGAAGAAGGAGGGGCAUAGGGGGGGUUUGCAGAAGUGGCAGUUUGACACGUGACUGGAGCUACUUCGUGGUGGAGAUUAUUCGGGGGUGGUGUGCUGUUCCAGGGAGCCUCGAAAGUCUUACGAAGCUUGGGAACCUUUCGUGGAAAGAAUGCAUCACGAUGUUGCUGAUAGAAGGUCGCCGUUUGCUCCCGUUGGCUGAAGUUAUGGUGGGCGACCUCGUGUAGCCACCCCUCAAAGGGUACCUUGAGGUAGCCCUUUCCAGGUUCCUAGCAUCGCAAUUCCGAAGGACUGGAAGCCAUUUAUGCCGUACAGUUU